AUGGGAGACUUAGUACCUGCGACGGAAAAAUCCAAGGAGGGAGGAAGCUCUUCCUCCAUUCAGUGCCUUAUGCUUACCACAACCAACUAUACGGUAUGGGCUAUGCGGAUGAGAGUCUGUCUCAAGAAUCGCUUGUCCUCCAGGUCGGUGAACUUGAUACAGCAAAGAAAGUUUGGGACAGUUAAAACAAGAUACGUUGGAGCAGAAAGAGUAAGAGAAGCUCGACUACAGACAUUGAUGACCGACUUCGAUCGGAUGAAGAUGAAGGAAUCAGAGAAGAUCGAUGAUUUUUCAGGAAAGUUAUCAGAGAUAUCAUCAAAGUCUGCAGCACUCGGAGUAAGCAUUGAAGACUCCAAGCUCGUGAAAAAGUUUCUCAAAAGUUUACCUCGGAAAUAUAUACAUAUAGUGGCCUCCCUGGAGCAAGUUUUGGACCUUAACACUAUCACCUUUGAAGAGAUUAUAGGACGGCUGAAAGCUUAUGAAGAUAGAAUCUCCGAAGACAGUGAAGAGCAAAAAGACACAAACAAAUUAAUGUAUGCAAAUACAGAAGAUCAAACAGGAAAUCAAACCGCGAUUACAACAACAACUGGAGAGGAAGAGGUCACGGAGGUAGAAGAGGCAGAGGAAGCUCAAGAAAGUAACAACAGUGAAACACAAAGUGCAAACGAACUAUUGAUGCAUGAGGUCAUUUACCUCAAUGAAAGGAACUGCACACCAAGCGAGUAUGAAACGAACUCAGGAGAUGAAGAUCUAUGGUACCUUGACAAUGGCGCCAGCAAUCACAUGACAGGUGAUCGAAGAUACUUUUCUGACAUUGAUGAGACGAUAACCGGAAAAGUGCGUUUUGGUGAUGAUUCACGGAUUGAUAUCAAGGGGAAAGGAUCCAUCUCAUUCACCGAUAUGAAUGGAGAACCAAGGAUGAUGACAGAUGUAUACUUUAUUCCAGAUUUAAAGAGUAACAUCAUAAGUCUCGGACAAGCCACAUAA